AUGUAUGGUGAAAAUAUUUUGCAUACCAGUGCCCGAUAUGAACCAAACUGGCAAUCGUUAGACUCCCGACCCCUUCCCGAUUGGUAUGACGAGUCAAAAGUGGGUAUUUUUAUACAUUGGGGUGUAUUUUCUGUACCAUCUUUUAUGGACGAGUGGUUUUGGUUUCACUGGCGUACGGAUGACCUAAAACAACGGGUCAAAGCUGUCGAAGAUUUUAUGGCAGCAAACUAUCCGCCAAACUGGACGUACCAGGACUUUGCCAAUCAAUUUACGGCCGAAUUUUACGAACCCAAACAUUGGGCCGAAGUUUUCAAAAAAUCUGGUGCCAAGUAUGUGGUGCUGACCACCAAACACCACGAGGGCUAUACUCUAUGGCCGUCAAACUACUCGUACAGUUGGAAUGCCAGAGAUGUCGGACCCAAUCGGGAUUUAGUCGGCGAUCUCUCUCAAGCCGUCCGCGAAUCGGGUCUCAGAUUCGGAACCUAUCACUCGCUAAUUGAAUGGUUUAAUCCAUUGUACAAACAGGACAAACAAAAUCAAUAUAAAACACAAMAYUUUGUUAAUACUAAAWCAUUACCGGAAAUAUAUGAAUUGGUAAACACGUAUAAACCCGAUAUUAUUUGGUCAGACAAUCCCGAAAAUGGUGACUCAAAGUAUUGGAAAAGUGAGGAAUUUCUUGCAUGGCUUUACAAUGAUAGUCCCGUYAAAGAUACGGUUGUGGUUAAUGAUAGAUGGGGUGCCGGUACUGAUGGCAAACACGGAGGYUAUUAUAAUUAUGCCGAUAAUUAUCAACCGGGUAAGAUAUUGCCGCACAAAUGGGAAAACUGUAUGACAAUAAGCAAAGGGACCUGGGGCUACAGGCGCAAUGCUAACCUUGAUAAUUAUAUGACAUCAUUGGAGAUAAUAACUGAGCUAGCACAAACAGUUAGUUGUGGAGGAAAUCUAUUGGUAAACAUUGGUCCGACCAAAGAGGGAACAAUUAAUCCAAUAUAUGAGGAACGGCUCCGACAGUUAGGCGAUUGGUUAGGUAUUAAUGGUGARGCCAUAUACGCUAGCCGUCCCUGGACUCAAGCAAACGAUACCAUAACUAAAGGUGUUUGGUAUACCCAUAAAGAUAAUACCGUUUACGCAAUUGUCUUGUUUUGGCCCAACAAUAAUGAGGUCGAGUUAGGAUCCGUUUCGUUCAAUAGUAUUAGUUCAGUACAGAUGUUGGGAGUGACGGRUGAUCUUACAUAUAGGACCAGUACUACUGGUGGUCAUACAAUAGUUACAUUUCCACACAUAAGUCCCGAUCAGCUGCGGACAGCCUAUGUUAUCAAAAUUAAAACAAAAUAA